AUGCCCAAGCAAAGGACGCCCUUUGAGCUGCCGGGGUGGAAUUUACCCCUGACGCACAAGCCCAAGCGGGACAUGAGAUUUGCCAAUGCAUUGGAUACGAACGAUAUCGAGGUAGGGUGGUGCGGAUAUACGUUUACGCUGCGCGAGCUCCUCAUGAUGCAGAUCAUGGAGUCUGUGACUGAUAAGCCGGAUUGGGAGAAGAAGGUCUUUAUCGAGGAAAUCACCAACAAAUGGAGAGAGGAGAUUGCCCAGAGCGGCAAGGACGUCACUGAUAGUAUGAUCGAAUACAUCAUGGACGAGCUAAAGUGGAAAGCCGAGGAAUAUAUAAAGACCGGCAUUAUUACGGCCUACGAUCCCGGCGUCAUCAAGUCCGACACCAUCAUCUCACACGACCUUCAGCGGAAGCUGAUUAACGCGGUCAAGCCGCUUGAAGACGUCCCGGAGAAAGAAAAAGACUAUCACCCACGGUCGGACAACAAGGUCGUUGACCUCGUGCACCCUUCGCUCUUCCCGCUCAUCUACGGACGCACCAAGAUCCUCCCGGACAAGCUGAUUAGCCUCGACGACUGCUUCUUUAGCGUCGGACAGGGCGAGGUCAUCAAAGUCCCGGAAGAAGAAACCGCCCCACGGGGUUGGAACUAUCACGGCCAUGACCCGUAUAGCCACAAGUUCCAGUGGCUCCCGUGCAACGUCGAGUUUACAGACGAUGGGCAGUGCAAGAUCGCCUCAUACAUCAACAACCUGCACCCGGCAAAACACAGGGAGCUGUACGGUGUCAUUGAGCAAAUCAUGACACGCGCUCUUCCUCUCUGGAAUCUCUCGCUAACGUCGCAGAGCUGGGACAUUCCGCGUCGCAUUAAGUACAGGAUGGUCGAUUAUCUACCUGAUGUAGAGCCCGAGCCUGAGCAGGGAUCUGACGAGGAGGAUGAAGCUUUUUGGGACCGCCAGGAAGCCUGGCAAGAAAGACGACAGCCGAUACAUCCCGAGCCACGGGGCUUCCAGGCUCCCGAGCCGGAACAGGAAGAGCCGCUUUUGGAGCAAUUCCGCGAGAAUGGGCUGCAGGUCAUUGUGAAGCUUGCCAAUAUCGAGCUCACACCGGAGAAACCAGAAUAUGAGGGUGGAUCAUGGCACAUUGAAGGACAGCUGAACGAACGAAUCUGCGCCACGGCCAUCUACUACUAUGACUCGGAAAACGUCACGUCCAGCAGCCUCGCCUUCCGUCACCGCGCAUCAACGGACACCUUUGAUGACGUGGAGUACGAACAGGGCGAGUUCCAGUUCCUGCGCGUCUUCGGCUUCGAUAGUGACGCCGGCAAUGACCGCAGCGGCUCCAAAAUCACGCAAAACCUCGGCGCCGUUGAUACACGGGCCGGUCGUCUCUUGACCUUCCCUAAUACAUUGCAGCACUGUGUCUCGCCCUUUUCUCUCGAGGACCCUACGAAGCCAGGCCAUCGCAAGAUCCUCGCCCUGUUCCUGAUUGACCCGACACGACGGGUGAUUUCGACGGCGAAUGUGCCGCCGCAGAGGGAGGACUGGUGCAAAGAGUGGAAGGAGGCGACGAGGGAUGUUCUGGCGCCAAGAUUGCCCGUCGAGUUGCAGCAGAUGGUGCAUCGCGAUGUAGACUUUAAGCCGAUGACGCUGGACGAGGCGAAGAAGUACCGGUUGGAGCUGAUGGACGAGAGGGCGGCCAAGGUGGAGCAGGAGAAUCACGAGUUUGAGGAUGGCGGAUUUGCGCUGUGCGAGCAUUAG